AGAGGGGGAAUUGAAUCCCAGAACGCCUUAGAGCGCCCACGAAAGAACGCUCUUACCCUCCGCCCUCGAGCAAUUUCGAGUCACCAAGUAGAAGCAAAAUGGUUAAUCGAAUCAUCUUCUGGACAGGCUUCGGCCUUGUCGUCCGUUUCUGGCAGCUGGGCAUCGAAAUGCGGCCAUUCUUCAACAGGAAAUCGUUAUGGGCAUACCCCGUGUUCGGCGGCGUCGGCGCGAGCUUCGGGUACUGGCUUCAGGGGGUGGAUGAGCGGCAGACCAAGAUGCUGGAGGAGCGGAAGCAGGCCAUCUUGGAGAAGCGAGCUCGGCGGGCGCAACGGGAGGCUUCAGCUGCGGCGGCCGCGCCGAGCCAGAUCGCUGCAUGAGGUCGGUGUUGGCUAGAAGGCUGUGGAUAGAUAAGGGGCUAUAUGGGAAUCGACUUCUUGUCGAUGAGACGAGGAGCCAGGCAGGAUCGUUAUGCCACUUGGCAGGAUAUGGACGAAGACAGAGGGCAAGCCGCGGACGAGCUAGAUUCAGUGUGCAGGAAUAUUUUGAUUCCAAAGAUGAAUCAAGGGCCUCGCGAGGCG